GACUUAUCUUUUCACGCGUGUCCUAUAAAAACGGCGGGAUGGCAACAGAAAAAAAUUAUUCUAGGACAAAAGUGGUCCCGAGCGAUCAACUUCGACCAGUCUGUAAAGAGGUGGGCAAGCGUCAAACGACAGGUGACCCGAAUUUGAAAAUGGCGCCAAACUUGGAUCUCGAUAACCUAAAAGGCCAACUUAAUGAGGCUUACAUCGCCGACGACGAAAAAAGGAAAGAAGACACAUCUAGCAGCUCGAUUUCCAGCAUCCCUGACAAUAAGGAAGAUGGCAAGAAAAAGAAAAAGAAAGAAAAACCACCACCUCCCGAAACUCCACCUGUCCCUUUUAUCGACCUGUUCCGUUACGCUUCCCCUACCGAUUUUGUGCUGUUAGUUCUUGGCACUUUAGGGGCUAUCGGUACGGGUAUUUGUUUCCCAAUUAUGUUGAUUCUCUUUGGCGAUAUCACAAAUGCAUUCGUCGGCGGAGGACUAGACCAGGAAACAAUUAAUGAAAUCAACUGCAAUAUUUCCAAUGAUCCCAACUACACUUAUCCGUACCCUCUAGGUCCAACGUGCAAUCUUUCUGAUCCGGACAAUUCAUACGCAAAUUCGCCAGAGGGACAAGCGAUUCAGGACGAAUUUACCAAGUUCGGUAUCUACGUCGCUGUCAUUGGCGCCGCACUUUUUGGGCUAGGUUUCAUAUUUGUUACAGCGCUUAAUUUUACGGCCGAAAAUCAGGUCUACCGGAUCAGGAGUAGAUUCCUUCAAGCCGUCCUUCGCCAGGAUGUUGGCUGGUACGACACCAAAUCUUCCAAUGAUUUCGCCAGUCGCAUAACAGAAGAUUUAAACAAGAUCCAAGAUGGAAUAGGAGAGAAAAUUGGCAUGUUCACAUUUUCCAUGACGAGUUUCAUCGCAUCAAUUAUUAAUGCGUUUAUCCACGGAUGGGAAUUGACUUUAGUCAUGUUAGUUUCCACACCUGUCCUGGCUAUUUCUAUGGGUAUUUUAGCCAAAGUCCAAGCAUCUUUGACAGAGAAUGAGCUAAAAGCCUAUGCCGAAGCUGGUGGUGUGGCAGAAGAGGUUUUCAGUUCCAUCCGGACAGUAAUGGCUUUUGGCGGACAAAGCAAAGAAAUUGAUCGUUUUCAAAAGAAUUUAACAUUCGCGAGAAAGGCCGGCAUCAAACGUGGUAUGGCGACGGGCAUUGGUGCUGGCCUGGUAUGGGGCAUCAUUUACGCCAGCUAUGCCCUGGCCUUCUGGUACGGCAUUUCGCUCAUCCUGGGCGCUUGCGGAGCUGAUUCUUACACUUCUUCCGACCUCCUCAUCGUCUUCUUCAGCGUCUUGAUUGGCGCUAUGCAAAUUGGACAAGCCGCGCCUUACAUGGAAGCCUUUUCAGUCGCUCGUGGAGCUGCCGCCACCAUUUUUAGCAUUAUCGAUCGAAUUCCUCCCAUCGAUAGCUCCUCCAAAGAGGGAUUAGUUCCAGAAGGGAUUGAUGGCAAAAUAUCUUUCCGAGAUGUCCAUUUCAAUUAUCCUUCCCGUCCGGAUGUCAAGAUUCUUCAAGGAAUCAGCUUCGAUGUCUCACCUGGUCAAACUGUGGCUUUGGUCGGCACUUCCGGAUGUGGUAAAUCCACUUGCAUCCAACUUCUGCAGAGAUUCUACGACCCACUUGAAGGAUCGGUGGCCAUCGACGGCAACAACGUUAAGGAACUCAAUUUGGGUUGGUUGAGAGAACAAAUUGGUAUGGUUGGUCAAGAACCCGUUCUUUUCGGUACGACAAUCGGCGAAAACAUCCGCUACGGCCGAGAUGGAGUCUCCGAUGAUGAGAUGGAACGCGCUGCCAAAGCGGCAAAUGCCCACGAUUUUAUCCAGAAACUUCCGAAAAAGUACGAAACUCUUGUUGGAGAACGAGGAGCCCAAUUGAGCGGUGGACAGAAACAGCGUAUCGCUAUUGCCCGCGCACUUGUCCGACACCCAAGAAUCCUUUUACUGGAUGAAGCCACUUCCGCCCUGGACACGCAGAGUGAAUCGGUCGUACAGAAAGCUUUAGACAGGGCGAGACAAGGUCGCACAACCAUUAUCGUCGCCCACAGACUUACUACCAUUCGCAAUGCUGAUCGCAUUAUCGUUAUCAAAGAUGGCGUUAUCCAGGAAGAUGGGACGCACGAUAAAUUGAUGGCCAAACAUGGAAUCUAUUACCAACUCGUUAUAUCUCAACAGGGUGGCGAGAAAGACAGCAAAAGAAGCUCUUUCGAUGGUAAUUCAGAAUCAGAAGAUGAAGAAGUGAACCUCGCCAAAGCUAAAUCUUGGAUUCCGGAUGAAAAGGAAGAAGCCACGGAUGUAAUCAGUUUGGCAGGAAGCCAUCCGCUUGGAAGAAAUAGUUCUAUUCGUCGAAGUGUCCGACUAUCUGUUGCUAGUUCAGCAGUAUCCGCUCAAUCAGAAGACAUUGACGUUAGUUUAAUGGAAAUUAUGAGGAUGAACAAGAAAGAAUGGCCCUACAUCACCGUAGGAGUCAUCGGGUCGAUCAUUGUAGGUCUCAGUACGCCAACUUAUGCCAUCCUUUUCAGCGAAGUCCUUGGAGUCUUGACACCCGGCGGAUCGGCGGAAGAACAAGCCGAGAAGAGAGAACAAGGAAAUUUCUAUUCGCUCAUGUUUUUAAUCCUCGGAAUCGUCACUGGAUUUGCCGCUUUUGCCCAGUCGUUCUCGUUCAGCGUUGCCGGAGAAUCUUUAACAUCAAGACUGCGCGGAUUAACUUUUGAAGCCAUUAUUAAGCAGGAAGUCGGUUGGUUCGAUCGCAAAACGAACAGUGUCGGAGCACUUUGCGCUCGAUUAUCUGGCGAUGCUGCCAGCGUCCAGGGCGCCACUGGAUCUCGAAUUGGUGUACUGUUCCAGGCGCUGACCACCAUGGUCGCCUCCGUUAUUCUGGCUCUGUAUUUCCAAUGGAAACUCGGAUUGGUUGCUUUAUGUUUCGUUCCACUUCUACUCAUUUCAACCUACUUCCAAGCAAAAAUUAUCAUGGGUCAAUCCGCUUUGGAACGCGAUGGAUUACAGAAAUCAGCCAAAGUGGCAAUGGAAGCGAUUGCUAAUAUCCGCACUGUAGCAAGUCUUGGAAAGGAGAGACAAUUCCAUACCAUCUACAUGGAAUCUUUAAGAGAACCUCAUCGACAAGCUCUGAAAAAGUCUUGGGUACGCGGUGCAAUUUUCGGAUUCGCCAGCGCUAUCCCAAUGUUUGCAUAUUCCGUAACAAUGUAUUACGGUGGAUGGCUUAUCGUUAAUGAAUGUCUCGAUUUCACCAGCGUUUUUAAAGUCAGCGAAUCUCUUCUGUUUGGAACCCAAAUGAUUGGGCAGGCGGUUGCAUUCGCUCCUAAUUAUAACAAAGCCAAAGUAGCUGCCAACAGGAUCUUUGCUUUACUAAAACGUAUUCCACUUAUUGAUGCCUCUUCUACUGGCGGUUCCAUCAUCCAAAAUGUUGAAGGAAAUGUCGAUUUCGAUCAAGUACGUUUCAGAUAUCCUACGCGUAAAGAUGCAGAAGUUCUUCAAGGAUUGACUUUGGCCGUGCGAGCUGGCCAGACGGUCGCCCUUGUGGGCCACAGUGGUUGUGGAAAAUCGACUUGCAUUCAAUUACUGGAACGCUUUUAUGAUCCAGACAGCGGGGAAGUACAAUUAGAUGGAAAAGACAUUAAUCCAAUCAACAUAUCCUCGUUGCGUUCGCAAAUGGGCAUCGUAUCCCAAGAGCCUAUUCUGUUUAACUUGACCAUCGGUCAAAAUAUUGCUUAUGGAGACAACAGCCGUGUUAUUCCAAUGGAUGAGAUCAUUGAAGCCGCAAGAAAAGCCAACAUUCAUACAUUUAUCCAAUCAUUGCCAAACGGCUACGAAACAAUGGUCGGUGAACGAGGAACUCAGCUUUCUGGAGGACAAAAACAACGUGUAGCCAUCGCAAGAGCAUUGAUAAGAAAUCCGAAAAUCCUGCUGCUCGAUGAAGCAACUUCGGCGUUAGAUUCCGAGAGUGAACACGUCGUCCAAAUGGCUUUGGACGCCGCCAGAGAGGGCCGUACAUGCAUCACAAUUGCACAUCGUCUAAGCACAAUUCAAAAUGCAGAUAACAUAAUAGUGAUUAAUCAAGGAACGAUAAAAGAGCAAGGGACACAUGACGAACUCAUUCAGCUCGGCGGUCUUUACUUUGAACUUUGUUCGGUCCAGGGCAUCGCCUUGAAGCCGGUCAGUUCGUCAGCGAAUUUGGAACAAAUAGCCCUUUAGAAUUUUCGCACUGCAACCGUGCUAUUCUUGCGAUUUGUGAUACCCCUGAGUUUUGGAUUAUCAAUAUGACGUAUUGCUAAUGUAUAAAAAAUUUACAUUUU